GCGUUGACCGUAAAUACCGGGAAAAGGAGUAGGCAACGCCUUCUUUAUCAAUUCGGAGACGGAGAAAAGAAAAAACAAGGACCCAGAGAGGCUUAGGUCAUCCUUCCCCGAAACAUCUUAAACUCCUCGUAAGAAAAAGAAAAGAAAAUUCUUCUAUAACUCUCUCUCUACGAGGUGUUUAAGUAUAUUUAUUCCAUCCAAUUAGAUUUCUUUUUUUAGAUUUGGAUUUUAGGAAUAAUUGUAUAAAUCAAUUGGGAAAAGAAAAAGGAUAAGAGUUGAUGGACGGAAUAAUGAAUAAGCUCAGGAAUUUAGAUGCGUACCCUAAAAUAAACGAGGAUUUCUACAGCCGUACACUCUCCGGUGGCGUUAUCACUCUCGUCUCCUCCGUUGUUAUGUUCUUUCUCUUCUUCUCCGAGCUCCGAUUAUAUCUGCAUGCUGUGACUGAAACAAAGCUUGUGGUAGAUACUUCAAGAGGGGAAACUCUACGCAUCAAUUUUGAUGUCACAUUUCCUGCUCUUGCAUGCUCAAUCCUCAGCCUUGAUGCAAUGGACAUCAGUGGAGAGCAACAUCUUGAUGUGAGACAUGACAUAAUUAAGAAAAGGUUAGAUGCACAUGGCAAUGUUAUAGAAUCGAGGCAAGAUGGAAUUGGUGCUCCCAAGAUUGAGAAGCCUUUACAGAGGCAUGGUGGCAGGCUCGAGCACAAUGAGACGUAUUGUGGUUCAUGUUAUGGUGCGGAAGCGUCUGAUGAUGAUUGUUGCAACUCCUGUGAGGAUGUUCGUGAAGCAUACAGAAAGAAAGGUUGGGCUUUGUCAAAUCCAGAUUUAGUUGACCAGUGUAAGAGAGAGGGUUUCCUUCAGAAGAUUAAGGAUGAAGAAGGUGAAGGGUGUAAUAUAUAUGGCUUUUUAGAAGUUAAUAAGGUGGCAGGGAAUUUUCAUUUUGCACCUGGGAAAAGCUUUCAGCAAUCAAAUGUUCAUGUACAUGACUUGCUGGCAUUUCAAAAGGACAGUUUUAAUAUAAGUCACAAGAUCAAUAGAUUAGCUUUUGGAGAUUACUUCCCUGGUGUUGUGAAUCCUCUUGAUGGUGUUCAUUGGACACAAGAACAACCAAGUGGGAUGUAUCAGUACUUUAUCAAGGUUGUACCUACUGUGUAUACAGAUGUGAGUGGACACACUAUCCAGUCAAAUCAGUUUUCUGUAACAGAGCAUUUUAAGGGUGCAGAGAUAAAUCGUCUUCAGUCCCUCCCAGGAGUUUUCUUCUUUUAUGACCUUUCACCUAUCAAGGUCACUUUCACAGAGCAGCAUGUCUCAUUCUUGCACUUUCUAACAAAUGUGUGUGCUAUAGUUGGAGGUGUUUUCACAGUUUCGGGAAUAUUAGACUCUUUUAUAUACCAUGGUCAAAGAGCAAUUAAGAAGAAAAUAGAAAUCGGUAAAUAUAGCUGAUGAUAGAUCUAGGUAGCAUGAGUUGUUGCUGUUUUGUCUGCCAGGAACUGGUGCUUGGGAAAAAUCAAACCGAGUAAAUGAGAAGAUGAUUGCGAUGCAGUACCGGUUCAGUUGUUAGCUUCUUUGUAAUCAUGACUGAAAUUUUGUUUUGACGCAUUCCAUGGUUGAUUUAGACUGAUUUAUAUAGUCUAGUUGUGGAUGAUGCCUCAUCGCAAUUAGUUUUUGUAGCCUUGAAAUCAAAGAGUCCUAAAACAGGCUUUGGAUAUGAAUACAUGUUUGAAAUGAAAAGGGUGAGUGUUGGAGAAUCAGAAUUCGGAAA